GGUUUUAUGUCGCGUGCCUGCGCGUGGGGGGGCGGGGUCACUGCUCUGUUCGUGUGGUCGGCGGCGCGUGCUCGACCGUCUUCGGCUACGGAGCCCACACGCCCGUCCGAGCGACUUAGCCAGGGCACCGCUGCGACUGGAGUCGUCCAGCGCCCGGCUUUUAGCCCGCCGCGGGAGCUAGCGCGUCCGCGCGCGCCGCAGGCAGCAGUGCAGGCUCAACCGGUCUAGCUCGCUCGCUAGCCGUCGCGGCCGCUGCUCGCUCGUCUCGGCGGUCGACAGCUGUCGUCUGGUAACGCUGUGAAGGGAGUUGUCUCGGUGGCACCGUAUCACACGUCUUAUAGCACGCUUACUGCCUGAAUCGCCGGGACCGCGAGCAUGAAAGUCUAGUGGACCUAAAGAGCUUUUGAUCUCUCCUCCUAUGGCCAGGACCCCGUGCGGCACGAGUCUGGAGACCCUUGGGCCCUCGAGGUUGCAUUUCGCGUGCUUGCUAGUGUCUUACUGGACGCUAGGCUCGACCACAAAAUCGCCUCGCAAAAAGGACUGCGUUAUCGCAGCCGAGAGCAAGCGCCGCGGCUUGUAGAAGCACUUGACGCCAGCGCAAAGCGGCUGACAGCUUCCGACCGCAUCCGCCCUAGCAGCGGCAGAGUUAGCUCAAGUCACCACAAAAUAAUAAGUCAGCGCAGACGCCGCCGCGGCGACCGCGCAGCUCGGUCCGUUCACACCGCGAAAGGAAUCAAACCACAAAAAUAAACGCAGAGAAUCCCUGCACAAAAACGCGAAACCAUGACGGACUGGCUCGACGAAAAAGAGUCGGACUACGGCUACAUCCAUAGGGUCAGCGGCCCGCUCGUCAUCGCGGAGAACAUGUCCGGCGCGGCCAUGUACGAGUUGGUGAGGGUCGGGUAUUUGAAGCUUGUCGGUGAAAUUAUCAAGCUCGAGGGGGACACGGCGUCCCUACAGGUGUACGAGGACACGUCUGGCUUGUGCGUCGGCGAUCCUGUUUUACGUACAAGAAAACCCCUAUCAGUCGGCCUCGGCCCGGGCAUCAUGGGCGAGAUCUUCGACGGGAUCCAGAGACCCCUGGAGACGAUCGGCAAGAAGACCGGAGAUGUAUUCAUCCCGCGAGGCGUCGAUGUGGCACCCUUGGACGAGCAUCGCAAGUGGGAGUUCACGCCGAACAAAGCCAUUACGGAAGGUUCCCUCGUGACGGGUGGGGACAUCUUCGGUUCAGUGUAUGAAAAUGAGUUAGUAACACAACAUAAAAUUAUGGUCCCCCCGAACGUGUAUGGGAAGGUCGUCAAGGUCUAUGGCGACGCCGCGGAUGGCAAGGACCAGUACUCCAUAACAGAUACUGUAUUAGAAGUCUACAACGAGCAAACUAGAAAAACCCACGAGUUGAAACUAGCCCAUUACUGGCCCGUGCGACGCGCCCGACCCAUCGUCCAGAAGAUGCCUGGUAAUCAUGCCCUCACGACCGGUCUACGAGUGGUAGAUGCGAUCUUCCCGUCGGUGUUGGGUGGUACUUGUGCCGUACCUGGCGCGUUCGGCUGCGGCAAGACCGUUAUUUCACAAAGUAUCUCCAAGUUCUCGAACAGCGACGCGGUCAUCUACGUCGGGUGCGGGGAACGAGGCAACGAGAUGGCCGAGGUGUUGUGCGACUUUCCUGAACUCACUACCACUAUAGACGGGAAGGAGGUCGGCAUCAUGAAAAGAACGGCCCUCGUAGCAAACACGUCGAACAUGCCCGUCGCCGCGCGCGAAGCGUCGAUCUACACGGGUAUUACAUUAGCCGAGUACUUCCGAGACAUGGGCAUGAACGUCUCGAUGAUGGCCGAUUCGACGUCGCGCUGGGCCGAGGCGCUCCGCGAGAUUUCCGGGCGGCUGGGCGAGAUGCCCGCCGAUAGCGGUUAUCCUGCUUAUUUGGGCGCGCGCCUGGCGGCCUUCUACGAGCGCGCGGGGCGGGCGGAGUGUCUCGGGUCGCCGACGCGCGAAGGCACGGUGACGGUCAUCGGGGCCGUGUCGCCGCCGGGCGGCGACUUUAGUGAUCCCGUGACGGCGGCGACGCUAUCCAUCGUCCAGGUCUUCUGGGGGCUGGACAAGAAGUGGGUCCGCGGCGUCCUUUCUUCAUGUCUUCUCGGCGGCGUCGCUGCGCCUGCUCGAUGGCGUGUUGUCCACCCUCACGCCAUCGCCGCGACGCGCUAUCGACGCGACCCGCCAUGCACGCGCUAUCGCCGCGACCCUUUAUCAAACGCAGGCUCGCGCAGCGCAAGCACUUCCCGUCGCUCAACUGGCUCAUCUCCUACACGAAGUACAUGAGAGUGUUAGAACCGUUCUUCAACGACUUCGACCCGUCCUACUCCGCUACACGCAAUAAAGCGAGAGACGUCCUCCAGCAGGAGGACGCGCUGACGGAGAUCGUGCAGCUCGUCGGCAAAGAGUCGCUGUCCGAAGACCAGAAGGUCGUCAUGGAGGUCGCCAAGAUCAUCAGAGAAGAUUUCUUGCAACAGAACGCCUUCACGGACUACGAUUUCACGUGUCCGCUCGUCAAGAGCGUCGGGAUGCUCAAGUGCAUCAUGGCCUUCUACGACCACUGCCAGAAGGCCAUCGCGGAUAGUCCGGCCGAGGCGAAGGUGACCUGGGCCACCAUAAAAGUCGCACAAGCAGGUAUUAUACAGAAGGUCGUCGACACGAAAUUCGUCGAGCCCAAAGAGUCGGAGGAGAAGAUCAAGGCGCACUACGACGAGUUGGUUGCCGAGAUCGAGUCGUCGUUUGCGGCGAUGCUGGACGUCUGAGUUGAUGAGGGGGGCCUAUAAGUGUGGAUAGAUAUCUUCGCGGUCCACGUCUUUUCGUAAUGGCAGGCUUCUUCCGUCUCAGCAGUAGAAGCGCCUCGGCGACGCCCUCCCGAGAAGUGAGGCAUCUUCGGACGCUCGCGCUUAGCGUGUUCGACCGACUCUAGAGUUUCAUGCACUCACACACAGCUUAAAGUUUACAGCCGUCCUGUGCCUCGCCAGCGCCAGUACGGCGGCCGGCCCUUGCGUCGGCGCGAGAGGCGCGGGCGCCGGGCGCGGCGUCGUAGCCGACGACGGCGGCGGCCGCAGCUCGUCCUGGGGCGGCACAACGUCCGCCAAUGCCGCGGCGGGCGCGGCCGCGUCCGUAGAAGGCGCCUCGCGCACGAUCUUCGGCUCGCUGCGCCGUGACGCGCCACCCGCGCUAAUUUUCAUCAUUAGCGCGUGGGAGGCGGGCACGGCGGCUCACUGAAGAGGUCUAGGGGAGAAGCCGACGACCUGCGCAGGGACGGUCUCAAUUAUGACUGAUUCGGGCACGCGCGUCCUCUCGACGCCCUUCCGCUGCACGCGGCGCUCACGUCCUUCUCUCUCGCAGAGCUCCUGGGGCGCGACGAGGCGCUCAUCGUCCUCAGCUCGCCGCGGGUCCUUCGCGAGGGCGCGGGAACGAAGCCGCGUCGACCACAUCAAGUCGAGAUUGAAGGCGUCCACUCUUGCUAAAAAGGACACGGCGUGUCACGGCUUCACUCUCAAAAGCGGCUUCUAGGCCGCUUAAAGUUGCGGGCGCAGCUCGACGCGCCUUCUACGCGGCGUCGCUGAACGUGCGUCGCGGGCGAGCUGGUCGCCCGGCUCGUCGCGGCGGUCGUGCGGCCGUGCAGUCGUGCGGUCGUGCGGUCGGCCGAUGGACCUGCGUUGGCGCCGUCUCGACGGGCCCGCGUUCGCGGCCGAAGCUCUCACUACAACUCGAUCGCGGCCGAUGCGCUCCGCUGCGGCCGGCGGCGGCCUCGACAGCCCGGCGCUGCCAGGGGCGCUGUUUUUGAAUCGAUGCGAUAGCGCGAAGGCCAGGCUGGCGCGCUCGAGCUAAAGGCUGCAUUGCGCAGCGCUGUCGAGCUCGCCAAGCUGCCAGCGCCGGCGUAUGCUAUUGAAAUCUUCCCUACGCUGGGUCGCACCGGUUCUGCAGCACGAAUGUGGCCACAGGCACACCUCGCAGCGGCAGAGAUCAAAUCGUGAAGCUCUCAAAUUUUUUUUUGUUUUUUUUUGCCUCAAAUCCAGCGUGCGCUCUCGGAUACGUCUCCGGAGCGCAGACGCACGCCUGGGGCGGCCCUGGCCUGGCUGGUUGGCAUUUGGCCCACCAUCGGUGCCGCGCCGCGGCGCGCGCGCAGUUUCGCGCGCGGCGCGGACGGCAGGCUUGAUUUCUCAUUGCAGUGCACUGCUGCGCGCGCUGGCUUCACGCACAAAUGCGUGCGCACAGCGUUUGCAAACAGACUUUGCGAGAGCCUCGGAUGUAUAGACCUGCGCGAGCGCUGAUUUCGGCCCUCUCGCAAACUCCUCGCGCGUCGCUAGGGACGCUGUCGCCUCGCCCUAAAACGUUGGGACGGCUAAAGGACG